AACUACAAACAUGUCACGUUGCUAUUGACGAUGUUAUAUAUUCCUGUGGAUCCGGGAUUCUAACAUGUUAACGAUCGUCAGGGAAUAGGCUGUAUAUCUCGGAUAUCAACUGUUCUAGACGAUAAACAAGUUGAUUUGCAUCACCAUUUUCCCGAAUGGUUAGGUGUUGGUGGAAUACAACGGCCGACCAACUGGCCGGGCCGGUCCUGUGCUUUAUUACCCCGUGGGCAACCCCGGUUGUAGGGACAAGUUAUUUAGAAACAUAACAUACCUCCUUGUCUUAGUCCCUUCCGGCGGCAAACAACAAACAGCCUGGACAUCACGCAAUAUGGGGAACCUACUCUCUAGUAGCAGCAAAGAGGUCCAGAGGCCGCCGCCGAUGAUAGCGUCGGAUACGGUCGUCCCUCUGCACCGGUUCGACGACACACCUCUCACGAGGAAGGUCAUCGUCGAGUUUACGAUGCGGUUCGACGACGUGUUGGAUCCGGAGAAACUACGCAUAUCGCUGGACAAACUCCUAAGCCGCCGCGACUGGCGAAAGCUAGGUGCUAGACUGAGGCUUAACACCGAAGGAAGACUUGAAUAUCAUAUCCCAGAGGUCUUCGACGAGAAGAGGCCCGCGUUCACGUACUCACAUGCCGCCCAUGACACCGAGAUCUACAGACACCCCACUGGUAGCCGAAUCCCCCGACCGACUUCAAAGCCGAGCGUACUGAGCGACCCCGAGGAUUAUGCACCACUACUCCGGCGAUGGGGUGCGCCGCGUAGGCUGGCUGAUUACCUGUACUCAGACCUACCGCAGCUAAGCCUACACAUCGUGACCUUCACGGACGCAACAGUCGUUUCGCUAUCAUGGCCACACACGCUCCUCGACGCAAUGGGACGGCGCGCACUGCUAGACGCAUGGAUAGCCGUUCUCGAAGGCCGCGACGACGACGUCAAGCCGCUGGCGGGGGUACUACAGGACCCACUCGAGCCGCUAGGUUCGAACCCCGAAGAGCCGUACGUGCUAGCGCACCGUCGACUGUCGCCCCUUCAGGCUCUCAUGUUCGCCAUCUCAUAUAUCUGGACGACGCUAUUCUGGGCACGCGGCGAGGAGACCCGGAUGGUCUGCAUUCCCGGCUCGCACGUGCGGAGCUUGCACCGCGGCGCGAUGGAGUAUCUGCUCGCGCAGGCGCCGGUGCUGGAGGGGGAGAAGGAGGUUCAGGUUAAGCCGUUUGUUAGUGAGGGCGAUGUGCUGUCGAGUUGGAUCACGCGGUUGGCGAUGCUGCCGCUUAGGAGGACGGAGCAGACGGUUUCAAUUAUGAAUGCGUUUGGCAUGCGCUCGGUUCUCGCGAAGGAUUUGCUGCCUCCCACGCAUGCGUAUGUGGGCAAUGCGGUCGCGGGCGUGUAUGCUUUCGUUUCGAUGCGGGAUUUGUUUGCGAGACCCCUGGGUUAUACGGCGGCUGCGGUGCGAAGAUCCAUCGCUGAGCAAGGCACCCGUCAACAAGUUGAGGCGCGGGCCGCCGUCGAUCUGGCUGCGGGGAAGAGGGGGAAGGCGGCGCUGUAUGGCGAUCCGAAGAUGGCGCCUGUCAUGGUGUCGAAUUGGAGCAAGGCCAAGUUCUUCGAGACGGACUUUUCGGCUGCCGUGGUGCGCACGGGAAUCGAUCCGGCGCGUCGUGCGAAUAAGGUUGGCAGGCCGUCGUAUAUCCAACCUAAUGGCUUGGCGGACGGCAUCCCGACGAGGAACUCGUUCCCGAUUGUGGGCAAGGACGCCGCGGGUAAUUACUGGUUGUCUGGGACGUUGAAGAGGGGGCUUUGGAGGAGGGUCCAGGAGGAGAUGGAUACGGAGUACACGUAUCUGGCUCAUCAUUUCGUGGACUCACAGUAUGAUCUUAUAGAUGUGAAAACUUAAGGGCGUGUGAGUGGACGGCCGUGGUUUCUUUUAUCCAGUGUUAGAUUUGAGAUUCGAUUUUUUUUCUUCCCCUUUGAUGGCACGGUACUGCUCUGAUUCGAUACCAUUUUGUAUAUCCAUAGGUAGCUAUACUGUGUGAUAAAGACGUUCCGCGACGGAAGUAAUGGUGGUUUUUGGUUCUUCUAGGAAAUAAUACAACUAUGGAUAACUCACAGUUAUGGCACUGUGAGGACUACCGUGAUUGCAGGUUUUUUUCUUAUGGUAAAUAGGAUGUCUUGUAGUUUGAUUUCGUGUCUUCAGACGGAAGCGUAAUCAAUACUUACAAGAUACGCUUCUUACUGUGACGCAUUGGAAAUUUAUUUUGGGUGAAUGGGAUUAUGUGACUACCUACCUAGUAUCCAUUUAAAGACUGUCUUCAAACAUUCUGACGGUGGAUUGAAUAGAUG